CCUCGAUCUCGACGCGAACGACUCAAGGCGUUGUCCAACGUGGGCGCAUGCUCUACUGCUCCUACUUUUCCCCACGAAAACUCUGAAGCUGACACACCUUCUUCUAGGAGGUUUGACGCCACUCAGAGACUUCUAUGCAGGCCACUUCGUAUGGCGCAACACAUUACAGCUUCCAAUCGAGGUCCUCUAGUGCAAAUAUUUACCUGGUUCUUUUUCUUCGUCGGGUUGUUCUUCUUCGUGGUUCGGCUGGUGACGAAACACGCUCUGGCAUCCCCAUACAAAAUUGAAGAUGCUAUUAUCAUCGUAGCUAUUAUUUUGAGUUUAGGCCAAUCGAUUGCUGUUUCCGCUGCAGUAUCGAACGGCUUGGGCAAGCCUUUGGAGUCGCUGAAUGAAGCACAAAUCGAAGCUACCUUGAAGUCGCAAUAUGUGGCAAUUAUCCUUCUUAUUGCAUGUCUCGGCACGACGAAGCUCUCGAUUGCAGUCUUUGUAAAGGGCCUGAGUCCGGAUGUUCAUCACCAUAGGUACUCAAAUUGGAUCGGCCUCUCGUCCCUCGUCUGGAUGGUCAUUGGGCUCAUUUCCGCCAUCUUCCAAUGCUCCCCUCCCCACACGUGGGAUCCUUUGAAUGGAAACCACUGCGUCAACUUAAGAGCUUGGUGGACAUUCAUUGCACUUGGUAACAUGCUCACUGAUGUCUUCAUUGUCGCUGUUCAGUUCUUCUUGCUGUGGGGAGUCCAGUUGCCCAUGUCCAACAAAUUCAUCCUUUUUUCGAUAUUCUCCUUUCGCCUCGGAGUCGUCGGGGCUACCAUCGCUCAACUGUAUGUCUACUACCAGUCAUUCGAUAGCCUCGACAUAACAUUGAGGGCGUGGCUACCGGCGUUGUUGAAUCAACUCAUCCAGUCUCUAAGCAUUUCAACGGCUUGCAUACCGCAUUUGAAACGGUUUUUGGAUAGUUUAGAGUCCGGUAUGAUCCGGGUCAGGGAGCCUAGUAGGAUGGAUAAUUCGCAGGUAGGAACGGAGCUAGGGGGGGUUGGAGGCAGCAAUUCAACUCGAGCAUCGAGCAAGAAGCAGCGAAUAUCAGGAUCAUUGUUGAGAUAGGC